GCGAUUUUGUGCAGCUGCCUGUGCCCAUCAUCCAGCAGCUAUACCAUUGGGACUGUGGCCUGGCCUGCUCUAGGAUGGUGCUUCGGUACCUGGGCCAGCUAGAUGAUGGGGAGUUUCAAAAUGCCCUGCAGGAGCUGCAGCUGACCAGGAGCAUCUGGACCAUCGACCUGGCCUACCUGAUGCGCCACUUCGGUGUGAGACACCGCUUCUGUACCCAGACUCUAGGUGUUGACAAGGGCUAUAAGAAUCAGUCCUUCUACAGGAAGCACUUUGACACCGAGGAGACCCGGGUGAACCAGCUGUUUGCACAAGCCAAGGCCUGCAAGGUGCGAGUGGAGAAAUGCACAGUGAGUGUGCAGGACAUCCAAGCACACCUGGCCCAGGGCCACGUGGCCAUCGUGUUGGUGAACUCUGGAGUGCUGCACUGUGACCUGUGCUCCAGCCCUGUCAAGUACUGCUGCUUCACUCCCAGUGGCCACCGCUGCUUCUGCCGUACCCCUGACUACCAGGGCCACUUCAUCGUUCUGCGUGGCUACAACAGGGCUACUGGCUGUAUCUUCUAUAACAACCCAGCCUAUGCUGACCGAAUGUGCAGCACCAGCAUCAGUAACUUCGAGGAGGCCAGAACCAGCUACGGCACAGAUGAGGACAUCCUCUUUGUCUACCUGGACAGCUGACAGCAGGAGCCUGGCAUGUCAGGUCCUCAGACUCUAUCUAUGUCCUGCCUGAGCCAGACCCACUCAGGAUGCCCACACCUAGGGCUGAGGUUCAGAACUGUAGUCUCAGCGUGCUUGACAAAGCCCUUGGGAAGUCUGUGACUGCUUUGUCCACCAGUGUCAUCAUGCCACUUACCCUAGACAUCUUCUAGUUGCUGGAGACAACCCAAGAGCAUGUAAGGGGAGUGUCUCUCAAAACCCUACGUCUGGCUCCAGCUACGCCCAAGGCCAGGGGAGAGGCAGGAACCCUGAGAGAGAAGCAUGUUUGGGGGAAGCACAUCCAAAUUCAGGCCUGUGGCUCUGGGCCCCUCUGAGCCCCGUGGUGGAUGGUCACUGCUCUCUCCUGUCUCCCAUGGACUCAGGGCUCUGCGACUGGUUAUGAGGCCUUGUUACCAUGCAGCAUAAGCAUACCUCAUGGCCAUUCUGAGACCCUCUGACCCCUGGGAUGCUGACUGACACCUUCUAUAGAAUGGAAAGCCUUUAGAAGUGGGCGGGGGUAAGUGGAUGACAGCCGAGAGAUGUUCCAGGAAGAGGGUGCUGGCGAGACUCCCCAGAGAGCCCCUGUAUCCACGAGGCCUCCUCACACCAGCUUGACUUCCCACAACUGCAUCUGCCCUGCAAGUCAGAGCCUUUUGAGGAUGGGUGCUAGAGGGCCCGUGAGCCUAAAACAGCAGGCAGCGUCCCAUCCACCCUGGUGUUCAGACCAGGGGCAUUUGUACAGAAUACUGGGUCUCUUCAGUCUUGAAGAAAGGCAAUGCCAAUGUCACAGAGCCCAGCAGGUAAUAGCAUCAGCUGGAGCUGGUUUGUCUUUUUUUUUUUUUUUUUUUCUCUUGGUAGCAGGAGUGUUGUUUUAUUGAGACUUCAGUUUCCACUGUGUGGGGAGUAAGACAAUAAUAGAUACAGGUACUUUGAAACCACUAAUGCUUCUUUACAUAGGGUGGAUAGGCCAGUCCGAGUUCUUAAGCAGAUGACUGGCAUGGCCUGGCCAGCAGUCUGAGCGGUGGAGCUGCACCAAAGACACAAGUGAAUGGGUCAUUCCCAAAGAGCUUAGGGAGCCCACUCUUCAUGGUACCCCAACAGCCUCUCACUGUCCCCUCGCUCCAGGGGUCUUGGUCGUUCAGUGCUCAAGGCAUGACAUGGCAGUAGCUGCUUCCCUUACCACUAGCUGGCCCCUCAUGGUAGUUUGCGGGCCAGAGGUGGUCUGUGUUUACAAGGGCAGUCAGACCACUCACCUAUAUUAUUCCUCAAUAUGAGAUGAAGCCUUGGGUGGGAAGGAGGUGCUGAUGGCUUGGCAGCCACUCUGGGUUUCAGAGACUAGCACUGGUUUUGGUCUGGUCUGGUCUCGUUUCCAUUGCCUUAAUGCUGAGUAGCCCAGGGCCCCAAGGAACUCUGGCUCCAAGCUCAGGAGUACCACAUAGCAGCUAUGGGUAUGGGUGUCCUCAAAGAGGUUCAGGUAUAAUUGUUGAAUCUGGCUGACAGGAGGAAAUAAAGCCUUCUCAACAACCGAAGGCAUGGCACAUGGGUGCUUAUGGAAGGUGACUUCUGUAGAAGGCAGUCAUCGUUUACCAUCUAGAACACUUAAAAAUACUCAGCCCCUGGACCCAGAUAAUGGCUUCUUAGGGCAAGGCACAAGUUAGAGUCCACCAGUCUGUAAGAACAACACGAGAGCUGCUGUCUUCAAGAGGAGGAUCACAGAGGCAUUGUCACCAGGCGCUCCGUGUUAUAUCGCACUAGUCAUGAAAAUGGGCACAAGAAAGCCCUGGCAUCAGAGACUUGCCCACAGCAUGCGACACCCACAGCUUCUCAGCUCUGACACUCCACGGGGACUGCGGACGGUUUUUGUUCACUCUAGCCACAUGAGGAUGAAAGGGAUUUUUGCAUAGCAGGAUUUUCUACAUAAAUAUAUUUUGUUUGUAAUGAGCCAUUCUCAAUAAAUCUUCUCACUGAAUGGUGGUA